GAUACUUCUGGCAAUCAUGGCGAAUGUUUUGGUGUGAUGUUUUCAUACGCUCAGGGUCGAACAGUAAUCAGGUCAUCCGCAUUAUACGACGUUUUUUGGCUACCAAAAGAUGAUUCUGUUGAAUAUAUUAAUUGAAAAAAGGUUUAUUUAUGAUCUGAGUCGCUUUUCUACUCUUGAUUAUUUUAUACAAUCUGAUUUGAAAAUGUGAAUCCACCAUUUCAAAGCCUGCUACCUGUAAAAUGCUCAUCAUUUACUUCUUCAUAGAUUUGAUUCACGAAUAAAAUAACUUUUGCUUAAUUUAUCAAGAAUGCUUCCUUCCAGUGUUUCAUGAAAUAUUGUUUUAGGGAACUACCAGGUAUUAUUUAAAAUGGAUUUUAUUUGAAGUGUAUGUGCAUCUGUAGUUUGAGAGAUGGGAGUUAGUGCGUCUUCACCAGCUUCGUGUAGCAACACACAAAAUGAGCCUAUGGCAUCUACUCUUCAGGCCCAAAGUGUGUGUACCAGCUUUUCUUCCGGGAAUGUGGAUCAGUAUGGGAAGGAAAAAAAGAGAAAAGUCGGAUCAUUGUCCACUCUCCGCAAGCGUUUCACCCGCAGACGGAGAACGAGCAAGGGAUUCGACCAUGCUCAAGUUUUCCGCGAGUUCAUUGCUGACUGGAGUCCGCGAGAUGUCGUUGCUCUCGUUGAGGAAUAUGAAUCUACUUCGGCUUUGAAAGAGAUAACUCUUCAGGCGGAAAUGGCUCGUCCACCUGCAAGCUCGUGCAAACAAGACUUGGGAUUAUUGUUUGAAAAUAAAUAUUGUUCCGAUAUUAAUCUCAUAUAUCAGGGAACAGUGUUCGCCGUGCAUCGUGCAAUUUUAGCAGCUAGGUGUCCAUUUUUUCGUGAAAUGCUCAAUAGUUUAUCAUCCAUUUGUACAGAAGUUGCUGUGGAUAUUGAUAUUGCUGGUGUCAGUAUAUCAAUGUUUAAUGAACUCCUACGAUACCUUUAUACUGGUGAACUUUCAGUAUCUGAAAGCUAUGGUGGGAAUUUUGAUAUAUUAUUUCAAUUGAGUGAGCAGUUUGGAAUACCAAACCCACUUGAACAAGAUUUAAAAUAUCUGCUUGAAACUGGUAUAUAUAGUGAUAUUUCCUUAAGCUUUACUUCUCCAAGUGAUACUGGCCACACGAUUAUGCGUGGUCAGACUUACAUCUGUGAUCAUAUAUUAACUGAUGGUGAGGGAAAACCGUGUAAAAUUUGCCAUGGGACAAAUGAAUUUUGGUGUCAUAGAGCUAUUUUAUCCGCUCGAUCACCCUUUUUCCGGAAUGUCAUACAUAGACAGCAACGUAGAUCAGCUGAUAUGCAUGAAACUCAUAGAACUCGAAUUCUGCUGGACGAUAGUAUAAUUCCACGCCGAUAUGCAUGUAUCUUAUUGCGUGCUGUUUACCAAGAUGCUCUUGAAUUCGGAGCAGUUUUACCUGAUAGUACAAAAAGAGGUAGUAUGCCAGAUGUUCAUGUGCCCCAGUCAUCUGUGGAAGAGGCAAUGCAAUUGUUUGAAGUUGCCCGGUUUAUUGAAAUGGAUGCUCUUGUACAAAGUUGUGAAGAUUUUAUUGUAGAGUCAAUAAGCCUGGACAGCCUUCUGCCAGUGUUGCGUUGGAGUAGUCAGCCUCAUGGAUCGCAAUGGGUUUACCGUCAGGCCGUUCAUUUUAUGCGGGAAGAAUUUGUGGCAGUUUCUUCAUCCCCUGUGCUAUUCCAGUUGGAUAAAUCACAUUUGAUUGAUGUUAUAAAAUCUGAUUUCCUGCAGGCAGGAGAACUAGAAGUUUUGCAAGCAGUGCUCAAGUGGGGAGAGCAUCAGUUGUUCAAACGUGUUGAAGAAAGAGAGCCAAAUUUAGUCAGUCAUACUGCUCACAGUGUCAGCAGGCGUGGUCUACGCCGGCGAGAUUUGAGUGAUGUCGAACUUCGUGAUUUGUUAUCAGAUUUGUUAAGCUGUGUUCGUAUUAGUCAUGUACUACCUCCUGAUAGUGAAGCUCUGGUAUCUGCUGUAAGACGAGGCCUCAUCAGUACACCUCCAUCCUAUAUGUUAGGAGAUGAUUUGUGUGUGGUUGGGCAUAGCUCCAACUUAAAAACUAAGGCUUGGAUUAGAGGAAGGAAUAGUCAUGGACUGUAUGUCAAACCGCGUCUUUUUACUCCAUUUGUUGAGGAAGCAAAGGCUUGGCUGGAAGAGCAACUUGGUCAGGAUACGGAAGUUGUGCGUCAGCAGGUGUGGCAUAUAUCUCACAUUCCUGACACAUUGUAUAUGGUUGAAAAGCCGUUGUCAUUCAGCGAGGGUGUUGUACCUUUAGGACACUUGUGUCCAUUGUCAAGUCUUGAAUUCAUGAAAGAUGUGGUUCUCGAUGAAACUACUUUACGACAAAUGAAAAAGCGCGAGAAAGAACUGAGACAAAGUCAGAGUGCCCGUCGAGCUUACACUGUUGUUCGAAAUCAUUGUGAUGUUACCAAACUCUUACAAUUGCGAGUGGUAAGAGAGUUUGGCCUUCCAGACAAGGUGAUGGAAGUUCUUCAUCGAACAUCUUACCAGUUUCUUGAAGAAUAUAGUGCUGAACAUCAUCCAUCUGCUGCCUCUGUUUCAUCAAGUCAUCAGUCUCGCUAUCCUGGGGACCAUUCUAGUCAUGUCUAUGGAUUGCCAAGAAUGUACAAGCCUUCUAGACACCUUAGUUUGGAACUUGGAGAGGCAAGAGAGGAGCCUCUACCACCUACAAACCAAAUGUCAAGAAGCUGUUGCAGUGAUCAUUUGAAUGAAAUCAUUCCGGACAUAGCCAUGCCAACAUCCCUUCUUGAGCAGAUUCAUAUCAGUGAGUCUGAAACCAGCCCUGACAGUGGAGGAUUCUCGCUUCGAAUGUUUUGACUGAAGUGGUCAUUUAGUGGACUGAGAAAUAGUCUUCCAUGUCAGUGUUUUUAAAACCAUGGAAAACCUGUAAAAAAAAUUCAUUGUAAAUACACUUUUGAACUAACAUAACCUCAUAAUCAGUUGGCUCUUGCUGAUGUUAUUAUUCAGUGUGUUGGCUUUUAAGAAGGGUGUAUGUAGAUAGAUGUUGAAUAAGUUUCUUCCUUUCUUAUGAAACUUGUUUAUUAACUGCAUCACUUAUUCCAUGAUUAUAAUGUUGGGUAAUGUUGCUGAAUGUAAUGAAAUAUAGUGAAUGAAAAAAUGUAAAUUUAAAUUAUUUCUGUAUAUACUGUUAAAUAUUUAUUUUAAACUUUUAAAGUUUACAGAUUUUUAAAUACGUUCUAUUUACUGGAUUUGAAUUGAGUAUCAUAUGUAUAUUAUGUUAAUAAAGUUUUAAAAUCAAACAUUGUUACAUUUUAUUAAUUUUAUACUUAUAUAAUUAAAUGUUUUAUGUUGUAUGGCUAAAAAUAUUUUUAUAAAAUUUUCACUGGAUAAGAAAUAUAAUAAAUAAAGUUUUGUUCUAAAACUAUGUAAAAUACUGUUAAAUUUUAGUGUUAAUUCUAGAACUUUUAAUUAUUUACGUCUUGUAAUACUUUCAAUUUCUUUGUGAAAGUAAAUACGGAGGAAUAUAAGGAAGGAAUUGUUAUCUUUCUAUUAUUUCUAAUUAUGAAUUGAAAGUUUACACCUUUUCAAACAUCACUGCCAUGCAUUUCACUAUAAAAUUUAUGCUUAUAUAUAACUAUAUGAGAUAUGUUUCACUAAUUUUGUUAUCCCACCUUUAAAAUUUGAUUUGUCUUAUUCCCCAUCCUGCAUCAUUCCAGCUUUUAAACUAAACUGG